GGGCUUUCAUCUGAUGCUGGGAAGAGACAAGAAUGCAGGGAAAGUUUCCUCCCAUCUCCUCCCCUCUGCAGUUUCACAGAGCCUUGUGCUGCUCUCACACAGAAAUGUCUGUGAACUCUGUGAUGUUCUUUAUUUGCUUCUUGCGUUUAAGAAGAACCUUCUUUCUAAGCUCAAGUGAAGAGCAGCUUCCACUGAAAGUGUGUAUAGAAUUUGGGGACUAUUUCACACCUCUGAAUGUGAUGGACGUUCCAGUAAGGACUAAACAGGUUCUGAUGAUCAAACCCAAAGUAGGAAACAACUACUCAGAGAAAGCGAAGGUGAGAUCCUCAGAGCCAGAGAACCACAGGAGCAGUCAGGGCUCUGAGUGCCCUUUGCUCAUGGCCAAACUUCAGACAGCCAAAGGCACCUGGAGAUCCUUUGAAAACGUGGUUAUAAAGUCUCUUAUGGAUAGGCCAGCAUGUCAGUCAAACCCUUCAGCAGGCUCAAGAGCUGCUUCAGUGCCUGCAGGAGCCGUAGGUCAGAUGUUGUGUGACAUUCUGCUGCUGCCUGAGAGUGUGGUGGCUCGUGUCCCUCCCCAGGCUUGGUGUGGCCAGGCAGAACAGAGGGACAGACAGUCCCCCCAAGGCAAUGGGGGGAACUGGGAGAUGGUGUGUGGUUUUUUGAAGGCCCAGGUGGAGGAUCCAGAAGCCAGGAGCUGAUGGUGCCUGCGAGCAGAGCUGCCACUGUGUGCUGCAGAGGUCGGUUAGAAAUGCUCUGACAGGAAAAAAUGCAUGUUUUCUGCAGCCCCUGGCUUACUGCCAGCUGUGGGAUGGCUGCUUCAGAGGCAGAGCAGACCAGACAGUCCUAAUGCAUCAGAAAAUGACUUUCUCUCUUCUUCAUCCCUCUUGAUGUGCAGCAGCCAGAGGUAAACCUUCUUAUUCUCCAUGUUCUGGAGUGGCCCA